AUGCCGUUCGGAAUCCUCGACUGCAAGAAACUGGAAAACGUGCCUGGCACGUCUUUCAUGAGCGAUCAGGAUGACCUGCCACCAGAGUACUCCGAGAUACCACGAGAGAUGUUGAAACAUGGAAAGGGCAGAUUUUCAAACAUCAUCCUGGUUCCUCAACCAUCGGACUCUCCAAAUGACCCCCUGAAUUGGCCACAAUGGAAGAAGGAAAUGAUUCUUCUGAUUGUUUCACUCUCCGCUGCGGUUGUGGGAGCAUUCGGUCCUAUGUUGAGUCCUGGUUUCGUUGAGAUCUCGGCUCAGCUCCACAUCACGGUCGAAAUCUUGUCGCAGGCUACGGCGUGGCUAAUUCUCACUAUUGGACUGGGUCUGUUCUUGACCAACCCUCUGGCCAAGAUAUACGGCAAGAGGCCGAUCUAUAUCCUUGCGAGCUGCAUCAUGUUUGCUUGCUCUGUCUGGGGUGCGAAGGCGGGCAAUUACAACAGCUUUCUGGCCUCAAGGGUCAUAAGCGGCGUCGGCAUGGCACCGUAUGAGGUCCUUGUCCAAUGUACUAUUGGUGACCUCUACUUUGUGCAUGAAAGGGCUACCCGAAUCGCGGGAAUCUCUGGUGGCGCCUUGGUUGCAGGAUACAUUAUUGAGUACGACGGCUAUCAGUGGACGUUUGGGGUAUGCGCCAUCAUGUUCGGCGUGCUCAUGUUCGCUGUAUUCUUCCUGGUCCCUGAAACCACAUAUCGUCGAGACGCUGUUGUAGUCGUUCCGGUUUCAGACACGGUCAGCACGGAUCCUGAAAAGCCGGGUGCGCAACACGUCCACAUGACGUUGGGACACGAACACGAUAUUUCCCAAGCUCAAGGAGAAAAGGACAAACAUCUGUCCUACGCAGCCACGCGUGGAUCUGCCGAACCGAAGAUGUCAUUUAUGCAGUCGCUGAGGGUUUUCACCGGACGAUACAGCUAUGCUCCGAUGUACAAGAUCUUUACGCGCCCUGUGGUGCUCUUCUUCUAUCCGGCCGUAUUUUGGGGAUUCCUCAUGUAUGGCACGACCUUGACCUGGAUUGUUGUCUUUUCGGUGGUCAACGGCGUGAUCUUCGUCGCUCCACCUUACAACUUUUCCGUGUCCCAAGUUGGACUGAUCAGCUUGUCGCCCUUUAUUUUGACAUUGAUUGGAGAAGUCAUCUCUGGGCCACUCAACGACGCGAUUUGCCUCUACUUGACCAAGAAGAACAAGGGGAUCUACGAACCUGAGUUCCGCCUGGUGCUCAUCGUCGUUGUCAUCAUCCUGGGCACGGUGGGUUUCUUUGGAUUCGGAGCGACCGUGCAUUACCAGACGCAUUGGCUGGGGCCCGUGCUGACUUUUGGGUUCGCCAACAUGAGUUUGGCGUUUGCAUCGACCUGUGUCUUUGGUUAUGUGAUCGACUCUUACCCCAAGUUGAACGAGGAAGCAUUCGUGGCCAUCAACGCCCGCAAUCUCCUCACCUUUGGCCUGACCUAUUUUGUCAAUAACUGGCUGGCUCAGGAUGGGGCCUUGGAAGUCUUCUGCAUUCUGGGAGGCCUCUUCUUGUUUGUCUGUCUCUUGACAAUCCCUCUCUGGAUAUUUGGCAAGAGAAUCCGAUCCCGGAUUGGCAGGACUGCGUGGCUCCAGCGGUAUAUGAAUGACGACUUCUAG